UUAGAACCACACGCACUGUCUUCGCUUCCCGCGUCCGAGACGACACGAAGUAACAACUCCCUGCAAGGAAUACAUGAGAAAACCCGGACUAAGUUUUAUUUUUUAUAUGCACUUUUAGUAGAUAUUUCCUGUCAUGCCCAGCACACUUUUUCCAACCAUGGAGCGGGUACACACCGACGAAAUGGGCUUGGAAAACCAGGAACAGACCUUACAGCAAAUGGCUUUAAAUUUGUCUAUGCUUGGGCUACAGCACGUCCAAAGCGAAGACGAAGGGUCUUCGACGACAUACGACGAUAAUGGCCGAAGGAGCAGUAAUAUGACGGAAUGUGUACCCGUGCCUAGCUCGGAACAUGUAGCUGAAAUAGUAGGAAGACAAGGUUGCAAAAUCAAAGCAUUGAGGGCCAAGACGAACACCUACAUCAAGACGCCGGUUCGUGGCGAGGACCCCAUCUUCGUGGUCACAGGAAGGAAAGAAGACGUCGCUGCUGCCAAGCGAGAGAUUCUCUCCGCUGCCGACCACUUCAGCCAGAUCCGGGCCCGACGAAACAACCAAGUGCACAGCGCUGUGAAUGGUACAACAGCAGUGAAUGGAUCUCUGACCGUCCCCAACCUACCCGGACAAACCACCAUCCACGUCAAAGUGCCAUACCGCGUUGUUGGCCUUGUUGUUGGACCUAAGGGGUCUACGGUGAAGAGAAUUCAGCAGCAGACUAACACAUACAUCAUCACUCCGAGUCGUGACAACCAACCCGUUUUCAUCGUCACGGGAAUGCCCGAGAAUGUGGAGAGAGCCAGGGAGGAGAUUGAAGCGCACAUAGCACUACGCACAGGAGGGCUGAUCGAUUCUAGUACUGACGAGAAUGACUUUGCAACCAACGGCCGCGACACUGGUCUGUUUAGUAACCGCAAUGACAUGACCAUGUACAAGCCUCCAGCCACCACCACUGCUUCUAUCAAUGUUCUGUCCAAUAUUUUCAAUCCCUUGGUUGGAGGUAAGCAGGACAUCCAACGGGCUACCAACGGCGGCAGCAACGACAGCAACUACUUCUUCCCGAACACCAAUGGAAACAGUAAUGGUACUACGAAGCUGAACGAGUUCAACCCCUUGCCAUCGUUCCCUACCAAUGGUUUUUUGUUCAAUGAUUGCCCAUCCCCGGAUCUCGGAAUAGAUUCACCCGGGUUUGACCCACCAGUGCUUCAGACCGCAGUAAGUCAAGGUAAUAAUCCGCAAUCUCUAUGGCAUGAUCUGACACGCUGCAGUUCAUCCCUAAUGCUAGGAUUGAACAACGUGACCACACAGCAUCAGGCACCGCGACGAAGCAGCAGCGUGAGCACAUCGGAUCCCGUGUCCAUCUCGGACACCAAUGCUAAUGAGCAUCCACCUGCGAGGCGCAUUCGCAGCGAUCCUCUUGAAGGGGGACUCGCCGCCUUGCCCUCGUUUGUGCCGUUGUCCAGUGCCAAUGCGUUCCCUUCAAGCAAUUCUGCGGGAAGCCACGGCAGCUCCUGCAGUAGCCCGACCGAUUCGCUGGGGUCGUCCUCUGCCGCUAAAAAGAGCAAGGAGUGUGUGAUGUGCUUCACCCAUGAAGUCGUUGCCGCGUUGGUGCCCUGUGGUCACAAUAUGUUUUGCAUGGACUGCGCAAAUCGCCUUGUGGAGACGGCCGAUGGUGAGUGUCCCGUUUGCCAGACGGUGGUCACCCAAGCGAUUCGCAUCUUCAACUAGCAUUGUACUAGGUAUCUGCAUUAUGGUAGUACUCGCCAUGACUUGUUACAUUCUUAAUAUAAAUGUUAAAUGAAAAUAAAUGUUAUUGGACUAUCAAAAUAUAAAAAAAAGUUCAUCGUCGCAUAUUGUAUAGCAUACAGAUUAUGGCUUAUUGGAAAAUUUUAUUCUUCAAUUUAAAAGAGGAUCUAUUUCGUACAAAGAAAACAAAUAUCUACUGAAUAAAGUUCUUAUUUAAUUUACUGGUGGGGUAAUCAGCUGGGUUUUUACAGAGCUUUAUGUAGCAUGUAUUUAAUGCAAAGAAAAAAGUUAAUGAAAAAGACAGAGUAUUUACUAUUAACUGUAUAGUUUUCAUUUAUUUGUUAUAUACUGAUUAUUAUCUCAGAUGAAUGUAACCCGUAACACUUUCAGUUGGGACGAUUUAAAAAAAUUGAAAUAUAUCAGAUUUUGUCUAUACAUAUAUUUUACCCAGCCAGAUGAACUUUAACCCCCAUUGCAUAAACUUAUUUUAUUGUAAACAAAGAAUCCUUUAGACCCUGUAUGAUAUCGGUGCCCGCUGACUGCUCUCAGUGAUUUGUCGUUUAUAUGCACUUCAAAAAAAAUAUUUGUAUAAAUAGUUGGAAAGUGUCUUGUGAUUUUGUUGCAUGUGUAGUGAGAGUCUUAUUUUUUAAUAUAUUCCAACAGUUCUUUGUACCUGUAUAUGUAGGAGUGUUAUUUGACCAAAUAUUCCAUGUUGUAACAGAAAGUUAACUAUUGUUAUGAAAUGCAAAAAAGAUAUUUUUUAUUUUUCCUGUUGGCCCAUUAUCCUCAUUCGGCCAAGAACGUUACUGAUGUUAUAUAUGCUGAGACUUUGAAAAAAUUAUAAUAUUGUAAUAGUUUAUUUUUUUGGUCGUGGAAAAAAAUUUGAAGUUUAAUUAAGAUGUUGAAAUUUUCAGAUUGUGUGCUGGUUUUUUGUACUUUGGUAAGUCACCAGAAUCGAAAAGCAAUGUUCGUAUACAACUAUUGCAGGUUUUGAUUCCUAAAAAAAAUAUAAAAAAAGAGAAGCACAUUAUUUUUGUAGCCCAUUUAUAUUCAUAGUGAUUAUUUUCACUGCAUUUAUGUUGAUAAAAACUCUUUAUAUUUUAGGAUACCUCUUUGUCUGUGUGCAACAAAACAAUUCUUGGUGUUUUGAGUCGGAGUGAACGCAAAGCGUUUGUUCCUGCUGUUGAAGUCAGUUGAUAAUCAGCUGGCGUUUAUGGUCUGAAUUUUUCUGCAAUUUUUAUUUUUUUAACUGGCUGCCAAAGUUAAACCAUGAAGGUUAAACAAGAAAGUAGAACUCGAGGAAUGAAAGAGUGUUUCAAUAUUCAGGGAUGGCCUGGUAAAUUCGUGUAAACUGAGAUGAAUGCAUGAUCUUUGUCGUCAUGGAAAUUACAGAUUAGACACUCGCAAAUUUAUAGUUUUUGUCAAUUUUUUUCCCAACAUUGAAAAACAUCACAAAUAAAAUUGCAAAACAACAAACUUGAGGAACUAACUUUGCCUAAUCGGCCAAUCUUUGAUUCUAAAUAUUUCUUUCUUCAAUUAUGUUGACGCUAAUUUCCAUGACUUCUUUUUGAUUGCACUUCAACUUAUGUUCAGGUACCCUAUCUUUGGCCAGAAAUGCUUGUCGGAUAUUUUGAGGGAAAUUAAGCCUUUUUUUGUCAUUGAUUUAUGUGCUGCAAGUGUGUUGGGAGUUAAAACAAAGAGAGUAAAACUCAUGAAUUGCUUCUUUUAAAAGAAUUAGGAAAGAAGAAAAAUAUAGAUAAACUGACGGUUAGAAAAGCUUAAUAUAUUUUGUUGGUGUAAAUGCACCUAAAUUGUAGUAGAGAGGAAUACAUGCGCCCUUUGAAAGACUUCAGUGUUUAUUGCGUUAGUUACCGUAUCAUUAAGAUUACUAGUUACAAAAUCCCAGUACUCGGGUGUGUUCGUUCCUGUCAAAAAUACGCCAGGCGUUGUUAUUAAUUAUGCUUCAGUGGUGUGUUGAGAUUCCACAGUUAAAUCAUUCAGUGUUUCAAGGCUUUCUUACUAACUACGAGAUAAUUAAUCACAAAGUUAUUGUUGUUUGAGGUAUAUGUAUUUUUAAAGGAAAACUAUAAUGGUGCAUAUACUAAUUGUACCUUCAGCUUUUCAAAGUGUAUUUUUGUCGCAUGCAGACAUAUAUAAAUUGAGAGUUAUGAUAUUAAAAAAAAACUAAAAAAAAAAAAAACUAGUUUUCUGGCAGCUGUCCAGCCACUCAUGAAAUAAAUUUAAAAUUUACUUUUGCACUAUGCAAGAACACCAACCCACGCCUUUCUGGCUAAACGGAACUAAAGAAAUAAAAGUAUAUAUUUAAGAUGACUGACAGUACGUUGACAAAAGUAGAUUAAUUAUGAUUUUUUUAUAAGAAAACCAACAGUAGAUUGACUCACUUACUGGACGCAAACUUUUUAGUGUUCGCUUGAAGAAGAUAGAAAAAUCACUCAAUAGUUGAAGAGACGAGAACAUUAACCAAAACUAAACUUCCCUGUAUUUGAUAAGAAGUUAAACAAAUCUAGCUUUCUCAGUAUUCAUGUUCAGGUGUUUUUUAAAAACCAGUACUGUAUCCCAAUUUGUCUACAUCUGCUGUGACACGCAUCAGGGCCUCGACUAGUAACGUUAGCUCAAUAAACAAAUUAUGAAAUAUUUUAUUAACUUAAAAAAAGAAAUGUGCACACUUCCAGUAUGUCUUGCACAUUUCAUUAUAAUUUUUUGUAUUUUUGGUAUUAAUUAAAUUUUUGAAGUUUUUAAAAAGAAAGUGUUUUUGAAUUUGCCUAAAUUAUUAUAUUCCAAAAUAAAGUUAUGUUAAUGGAGCAAUAAAGCAAGGUAUUGAGUUGCAAGUAGUGCAGUUUUUCUAUUUUCUAUUUAAAUCAGUCCGUGGUUAUAACCUGUUCAGAGAGUACACUGGUACCUCUUCAAAAAAAAGAAAUGUGUGAUUUGAGGUCAGGUUCAUAAACUGCAAUGGUGAACAACUUGUCUUUAGUAGUUUCCUUCAAUAAAAAAGCUUCCAAGAUGCUAAAGAA